GCUGAUUUUUCGUCCUGUUGGCUUCUUUUCUUGGCGCUGCUGCUGAACGGUGUGCUUGAUGCUAAGGUGAGAGUCAAAAAGGGAGAGAGCCAAGCUCCAUCUUCUUUGCCACUAAUGUCUCCUUUUCCUUCCCAGAAAUGAUUUUAAUAUUCUUAAUGGGGUUGGUCGUCUGCGAUUGCCCUCAUUUUUGGGUAAUGUAAGUUGCUGUGAAUUCCUUUCUUUGCUUAUAAUCUACGUCGCUUCUAGCUUCUAGCUUGGUCUACCGCUCUCUGUUUUCUCUCUCUGUCUUUUCUCUUUCACCGGGUUAAUUACCACUGUGAUUAUCUUAAGUUCAUCUUCAUCGGGAUUGGAGGGGGCCUUGCAUUCUCUGGGUUUUGUUCAUGCUCGUACGUUCUCUCGACUCCGAGUGAGCAAAGCUUUUUGCUUUUUUUGGUGGUGGUGUUGUUCAGAGUUAAGCUUCUUGGUGACACCAUUUUCUCUGUUUCCUUUGAUAGAGAUGGUCUGUUUUCUUGGCUUAAUGCUACAUGUAUAGCUUCUGCAUUUACUCUUAUUAGAUAGAAAGCAAAGCAAAGCACAGCACAGCCCUUCUUGUUUCGGCGUCGUGUAAUUUUCCCCACCUGAGUGGCCAAGAAUUUGUUCGUUGGUGUUUUUGGUAAGGACUUUGGAUCUGUUUGUGUCGUCCUCAGUGUCUAGAAUGACUUUAGAUCGGAGCCAUGGGGGGAGGGAGGUGAACAGUAUAUACCUGCAGAAGUUAGGAGGGAAAGUAUUGUAUAAUCAUCGGCAUUACCUCGUUUCGUUUGUCGGUGUUUCCACGACCGAAAGUUGAAGUCUUGAGGUUAAAAAAUUGCAGCAGAACUCAGAAGAAAUGCAUUACUCUGGUGGAACUCUCUGUGCUCCAUUCCACUGACAGUGACCUUCUAGUUGUCCAUGUCCGGUGAAGAUGGUUUUGCUCGAGCUGUCCUAACCAAAUGAAUGAUUUCUAUGCACUUUGCAUAAGCUGAUAAUAGUGUUGCCUGCUACCAUUUUGCUAUGUGACAUUUAGGAAACUGCCGGUGAACACAGAACCUUGAUUCUGCUUUUUGUUCUAUGUUUUCUUUACGCACGAACACCUUAACUGGUAAUCUGGAAUCUGCUUUUGUACCGAAACUCCCUUCCUCCUCCUUAUCGGAGUUUGUGAGUUUUCAUGUCAAAAGUGACAAUGCCUGGGGUCAUUCCAGUUCAUGUUGCAGUGGCAAUUGAUAAAGACCUUCAUUAUAUAUGUAUGACCAUCUCGUUUUUUCAUCCAAAUUUUCAGCUGAAAUGCUAAUAUUAUUUUGUUUUCAAUCCUUAGCAUGUUGUUGAGGUGAUUCAGACUACUUAUAACAAUGAUGCUGGAGAACAACUGAAGCCAUGGCGUCUGAUAUUCCAUCGAAGCAUGAAGCCUUCCCUCGGAACAGGGAUAGGAGAUCCAAUUCACCGGUCAGAAAGAGUCUAAAGCCACACCAGAACUCCAAGAAAGUGAAUGAGAGCGAAAGGAAACCACCACGGUCCAAUAGGAUCGGACAUCCAGAUAAAUCGAGGGUACAAAGUUGUCAGGGUCAACCAACCUUAAAGCAUGUGAAUGACCGCGUUGUCCAGCUGAAAUCCACUACUGAUCAAAAGAGACAGUGCGGUAGCGGGGAAAUGGUUAAAGAUGAUGAGCUUGUCAGGCAUAUGACCAAUUUGCCUGAUUAUCUCCAGCGUGUCGAAACCAGAAGAAACCUCCAGGGGAAAGCUCUGAACUUCGGAGUCCUGGACUGGAGCCGUCUAGAGAAUUUCACUCGCAACUGUAACACCGGAACUCGUACUCAUCGAAGCGAGCAGAGGGGAUCCCUUGGUCCUUGCCCUAGUUAUUGUGAGAUGGACGGGAUUUCUCGUUGUGUCAAGCCAAUUGCUAGCAAAGUCAUGCGCUGCCAAGAUGUUGGAAGUGCUUCUAAGAGUAUUUUGGAGGGCCAUGAAAAGAUAAAUAGGGCUUACAGAUCUUCAAGAAAAGAGUGUUCGGACGGUGCGGUCCGUAAGGACAACAGAAACUCAUUGCAUCAGAGAACUGUAUCAGAGUUAGGCGGUUCAUCGGACUUGCAGAACUCUAUGUUUACUGUAAGUCCUAGAAAGAGCAACAGGACAGUUUCCCAUGGCGAAAGGAAUACCAGAGGAAACAAUAGAGAACAGAAAUGCAUGUCAGUGGCUGGAACUUCAUCAUCUAAGCUGAGUAUCAAUGCCAGAUCAAUCAGUUUAAAGGAGAUGAUUACUGCCGAGAACGACGAAAAUGAGAAGAAAGUUGAAAAGUCGUUAACUAGAGAAACCUCCAAUAAACAAUCUUCGCGGAAUAAAGCAACCAUAGCUCUACUUUCUACCAGUAAACAUCCACAUACAAGUUCAAUGGAUGCAUCCCAUAAAAGUGACACCAGGAAAUUGUUUGAUCGGAGUUUGACAGACGCAACUCGGAAUUAUUUCUCGGAUGCGUUAUUUGCCGAGGAGCUCUGCUCAAGAGAAUUAUGCUCAGAACUACCCCACUCAUGUCCAAUGUCGUUGAAAGUUGAUGCUCAGAGAGAGACUACAAGGAGAGGUUCAGAGUUAAGAAACCCAAAUGAUAGUGACGAUACUAGAAAUUCAAGCAAAGGGGAGGCUAUUGGAAGUCUGAAUCAAGAAGCUGUUAACUCAGCAGGCAAGAAAAGCAGGCAUCCAUCACCCAACCACCGGUUCAGCUUAAGUUUCGGUAGGAUAAGCAGAAGUUUCAGUUUCAGAGAAAGUGCUUCUGCUCCUCUCUGUAGUUCAGCGUCUGUGACUGAUAGAUCUGGUCCGAUGGCUUCAGAGGAUUUUCCUUGCAGUGGAAAUCUCACUAAAGAGCAGCCCGACGUUGCUAGCAAAGGGUGGUCCGGCAUAAGAAGAUUACUAGACCCACUUCUAAAGUCCAAGUCAGCACUUUCAUACCGUCGUUCUGACAGCAUUCAGCAAUCAGAACAGAGCUCAACUUCCCUGAGCUUGAGCCAUGAAUGUUCCACUGAAUCACUUCAAAUUGGUAACCAUGAUGCAUCAGCACUUCAAGCUCUUCUCCAAGUUUCUAGUGUUGACGGACUCCCUUUAUUCAAAUUUGUGGUUGGCAAGAACAGCCACAUUGUUGCUGCUGCCACCAGAGAUGCGACAUUAUCAGGAAAGAGCAACUCUGCGAGGAAUUACACAAUCUAUUCUGUGGAUGAAACGACAAAGAAGAGUAACAGCUGGAUUGGACACGGAAGUAAGAUGAGAAGCAGCGGCUUUGUGUACAAUGUAGUCGGGCAGUUAACGUUUCGUGAUGCUUGUUCAGACAACUGCAAUGAGCAGACUGUCGAGAGGGAAUAUGUUUUAUCGGGACUCGGAUUGAGUCGAGCUGACAAGGAAUCACUGGAUCCACCAAUGAACAGGGAACUUGCCGCCAUCAUCUUCAAGAUUCCUGUGGACACGCCUAGCAAUUGCAAAGCACAGGCUACUAGUCAUAAACAUUUAAGAGACGAUUUGCGAGGGGAAAAUUGCUUUUCCAAACUUCCGAAUGACAAUAACAAUCAUCUAAUGGUCAUACUUCCAGGGGGUGAUCAUAGUGUUCCGAGCAAUGGAGAACCUUCGUCUUUGAUCUAUAGAUGGAGAACUGGCGGGUCAUGCGAUUGUGGAGGUUGGGAUGUCGGUUGCAAAUUGCACAUUCUUUCUCCCCAGAAGGACUUCUGUGAAACAUUAAGGACACCAAGUGUCUGCUCGAUGUCGGAUAACCUUGAACUUUUUGCUCAGGGAGAAGCUCAACAAGAGAAUGCCAUUUUCAGCUUGAAACUAUAUACAACGGGGAUCUACCUGGUCGAAUUCAAUCCUACAAUCUCGUCAUUACAAGCAUUUGCCAUUUGCUUAGCCGUAAUAAGCUGCCAGACGUCUUCUGAGCCCUCUGAUUGGCGUCAACUCUCCAAAUCUAGGACUUUGCAGGGACAUUCAGUCAGCGGAAAUGAUGUGAAUCUGCCGAACACGACACUGCAUUUUGAAGUUCCCCCAAUAUAUCCUCCAUAUCCCCCAUUCUCACCACUCGAUAGAGCUUAAUUCCGGGCAGGGGUGCUUUGGUUUUUCAUCCAGAUGGUUAAAAUCCUCGACUCCCAAGAGGGUCAGCGGCAAAGUCCUGAGAAGGGUAUUUCUCGUGGUAGGACUUGGACAUCACAACAUAUUACGAGCCCUCCGAAGGGGGUUAGUUCGCCGGCAGAUGACUCAGGUUGUUACUGGUCUUGUAUUGACUGCGCAGUAACAGAACAAAGAAAACAAUGUUUGCAUCAUGAAAAAACCUGAAAAGUUCUGUCCAACUUGUUUCCCUGGGGCAAAACCAGGUGAAGUUAACAGUAUGCAAACUUAUUUUCCUUGCACUGAAAUCUCGGCAUCUUAUUAACCCUCAACCCUGAAGAUGUGGAUGAAACAAUACAAUAGUAAAACUAUGGUCACUACUUCGUGGUUGCAUUCAAUU